UUGAGCCCCGGACUUUCUGGGGAAAGGAGACCCAGCGCGCUCCUGCCUCUUGCAGGGGGAAACCCGACUUCAGGGUCCGGAGCUCAGGGGAGUGAUUGGGAGCCUAGCGGGACCAAGCCAAGGCAAAGCAAAGAUUUGGGAAGGGUUGGUUUUUUACCAGGAACCUGAUCGUUGAGGAAAACCGAAGCUUCAGGAGUCAUUCGUUGUUGGCAACUCACCUCUAAGGAUGGACCGCCUCCUGCUCCUGGCAUGCAGUCUUUCCGUCCUCCCGGUAACCGCGAACCCACCAUUCGACUGCGGAAGGAACCCGACAGAUUUUUUCUUCCUGGACCGACAAGCGGUUGAUUCCACCGAUCCCUCAUCUCUGAGCAACUUGGGAAACCUCGAUUUCUGCUUGCCCGGAACCACGACUUGGCUCCGACAUGCUUUCCGCCCCCGCUUGCAGGACACUCAAGUCUGGGAACUGCUCAUUCGGUCUGCCUCGUAUUCCAUCAUCGGACGCGCAUUCUACACCAUUGACAACCUGUGGAACCGACUAACUUGCCACAAUGGAACUUAUCACAAAACUCAAUGGGGAAUGACAGUCAGGACUUUUGACCCCACUGAGAUAGGACAUGGACUUUGGGAAGGGUAUACGGACUCUGUUUCUAAUGACUUCUGGACUUAUGGACUUACCUGCACCCAUCCUGUCAGUACCACCACAGUUCAAGGUAUUUGUGUGCGAAAGUUCUGCUGUCUAUGGGAUCUGGGGACUUUUUCAGCAUGGGAUGGGAACAAGUAUGUGGAAGGAUGGUUACACCCAGUUGGGGGUAGCACUGAUUUAGAAUGGGAUUUCAAGGGGCCCCAGAGAUGUGGAGGGAUAGCUUCCGACUUGUAUCUCCUUCAACGCCAUGACCCCCUUCACCCAGUCGGCACGGCCCCCAGAUCUGUCAACUUAUCUGAGUUUCCUGGUUCCCAACGCAACUCCCUAAGAUCCGCUUGGCAAAGCAAUUCAUAUAUCCAAUUAGUACAGAAGGUAGCCCAUGCAACUAACCUCACCGACUGCUGGAUAUGCGCUCAUACCCCAGCACAUAUUGAGCAAGGGGUGCCUUUUGUUGCGACACCCCUCACACUAGAUCAGUACAGAUCCCAAUACCUCUUCACCCGCAACCUGACUUUUAUAAAGCCUACCUCUCAAUAUAUCUACUUAAGCGGGGAAACCACCGGGCCACUAUGUAGAAAAUUUUCGGGAACCAAGGAUCACAUAGGAUCCAGUUCCUGCUUAGUGACUGUCGCUAGUGAUCCCGAGGGAAACAGGACAUGGAUUCAGAACCGUACCCAUUCCCGCCCUUACCCAAAUAUGAAAUCUGCCCUCACCGCAGUGCUUUACCCCUUGAUAGCCGAAACCCCUAGCGCGGCCCUUGUGGAAACCUUUCAGACUGGCCGUAUUGGGGAACCCUUGAGUGGGUUGUUCUGGGUCUGUUCCACACGAGCUUUCACCUGGGUCAGCAUACACAUGCAAGGAUCCUGCUACCUGGGUCAUGUGCACCCGGGGCUUCGAGUAACCCGGAAUUUACCCCAUGGCCGCAGAAGGAACAGACGUUCCCCAGUGACUUCCCGGAAGCCCAGUGCUAGUGGAGAGACAUGGCUCCGUGCACUCAUUCCUGCAUACGGAGCCUAUUCUAACCACUUGGACAUUUUACGAUUGACGGACAUUUUGCUCCGUUUUAUAAACGAGUCUGAAGCCUCCACCAUGUCAGUCUUGACGGAGUUGACCCAGGUCCGCUCCAUGACCCUGCAGAAUCGCCUUGCUCUUGACCUUCUAUUGGCCUCCCAGGGCGGCACAUGUAAGCUCAUCGGGGCAGAGUGCUGCUCCUACAUUUCUGAUCAGACCCUUAACGUCACCGCGCAUCUCCAAACAAUGGACUCCCUCGUUCAUGAUCUCAGGAACAUCCAGCAUGAGGGACUGGGGAAUUGGGACCCUUGGUCAUGGCUCCCAAAUGUCACUUGGCUCAGGGAGGUAGUGAAGGGGACCGUCUACAUUGCUAUAUCCCUGGCACUCCUCCUAUUCCUUUCCUGCUGCUGCCUCCAGAGCUGUCCUUUAGCGACAGCCGCUGGCAGAUCUCUAGCUCCCUCUGUAAGCCUCCAAGCCCCCCUCCAGCGAGCCCCCGAGUUUCCAGAAGAAAUUCCGAUGUUCCAUUUGGGAAAUGGUGAUUACGUAAACGUUGAUGUGCGGCAUUAAUUUUUAAUAAAUUAAAAAUUAGGCCGCAGAGAGGGGAAAUGAAAUAGAAAUCGGGGUACACAAUCCACGUUUAAGGGGUCCAGAAAUGAACAGAGAGGGGACACACUCAUUGCCCACACAGAAGCCAUAUUUCUACCUGACAUCGGGAAUCAGGUCAAAGGGGAAACUGCCUGAACCAAGGGAAGGAAUAAUCCCUUCUUGCCCAGACUUGCCCUAGGAUGCUCUCCACCCUAGUAAACAUUCCACGAUUAUCAUAAACCCUGCUAUCAACACCCUAGAAGGGCACACAUAACAAAAACCAAGUCAGGAUGUCUGGAAUGACAAGCUAUCACGAUCAUUACACAAAAAUCCCGUUCUGGCUGCUGACGAAGCGUCUCCGUCUCCCUCCCAGAAGAGAUUAUCGGUUCCAGGAAACGCAACCGAUCCUGUGUUAAUAAACUAUGUCAAUUAAAAGGACUAAUUGUUUUAUACUGUAUAGCCAAAGCUUUUUCUCCAUGCCCUCUCCUAGGCUGAGAUUUCGUUGUAUUUUUUUAACCAUGUUACAAGCUGUCAAAACGUUCCUUGAAAAUGUCAAUACGAAGUUGCUAUGUAUCCACUGUGUUCCCUCCUUCCCGCUACAAUGAUUGUAUAACUCCUUCCCAGAACAGCCUUAAAGUGUAACUUUUGAUACCUUUCAAUUGAUAUUGUAUCCACUAGACAAAACGUUCCCGCAAGCUUCAUUUCUAUUAACUUUUGUAUGCUCCGUGGCUCAGUAUAUGUUUAUGGACAACUUUAUAUGAAUUCCUAUAUAUCCUAUGGACUUUUUACUCUCUGCGCUUUCCACCUUGGCAUUCCUUAUCCCACACUGCCACCUAGCCAGUCUUUGACAAAAUGACACUAAUGCACAAGCUCAAGGAAG